GCGCAGGACAAGCGCACAGUUGGGUGGUUGGAGCUUGACGUGCACAGCGAACAAUGUUCAACCUGAUCAAAAAAGACAAGGACAAGGAAAAGAAAGAUGGGACGAAGAAGGACAAAAAGGAAAAGAAGGACAAGAAGGAGAGGAUGUCUGAGGCCGAGCUGAAAAGCUUAGACGAGAUGAGCCUCAGACGGGGUUUCUUUAACAUCCAACGUAGUAGCUCCAAGAGACAAUCUAGGACAAAGCUGGAGAUCUCACACCCCAUGCCUGUCAAAGUGCUCAGCAACCCGGAGCUCAAUCUGACGGAUGUGGACGACGAGAGGGUCAAUAAAAGAAGCAGCAUGUAUUUGGACGUGGGGCCUUUAAGCAGCAAUAGCUCCACUGACAACAUUAAUGUUGCAUUAUUGCAAAACAUUCGGAAGGCCUCUAUAAAAGAGCAGUCUCCUAAGUUUGGAUCCAUAAACAAGCAGAACUCCCCUGUGAGCAAGCUCAUCAAACGCUUGUCCUUCUCACAGAAGAACAAAGAAGAGAGUCCUUCAGAAGUACCAGCUCAGUUUGCGCCAAACCCUCCUACUCCUUCUCCCCAAGUGGAGACCCAAGUUUUCGCCCCUCCGGCCAGGUACAUCACCCACAGACGUGCCCCCAUGAAGAAGGUCAGGGUCGAGGUCCCAUUACUGGUGGAUAAGACAUUCCCAGCGAAUUUACAAUUACCUGCCAUGGUGCCUCCUCAGCUUCCAGACCCCAGAGAAUUAGAGCUCCAGCGGCGUAAGACAGGUGACUUCGGCUUCUCCUUGAGAAGGGCUACCAUGCUCGAACAACGACCCGAUGGAAAGGUCUACCGGCGUGUGGUCCACUUCGCUGAGCCUGGUGCUGGCUGCAAGGAUGUGACUCUGGGCUUGGUGCCAGGAGACCGUCUGGUGGAGACCAACGGGUUGAACGUGGAGAAUAAGAACAGGGACGAGAUUGUGGAGAUGAUCAAGCAAUCAGGAGAUACGGUGCAGUUAAAGGUGCAGCCGAUCGUCGAGCUGAGCGAGUUAAGCCGCUGUUGGCUCAGGAACAGCACAGGAUUGCGCAAGGAAGCCUACGAGGUAAGGAUGGUUGUUCCUUCUGUGUUGCCCUAA